UCAGAGAAGGGCUACUUCGUCAAUUCGCAAUCAGAAGCGCAAUGUCGUUAAAGUCCAGCCAGCGCAGCGCGCUCAAGUCUCAUCUGAACGCGGACAGGUUCAAUAACACGACAUCGUGCCUCACAGCACAGAGAGGCAUGUCAUGAGCACAUAGUCAUUCAGCGACUACACUACCGAACUACGCUUUCUUAUGCCCAGCCAGACUUCGUCUGGCUUCUUCGAAAACCCCUCAUGCGAUUCUAUUUGCUGCUGGUACAGCUCAAAAUCGUAUCUAUGGAAGGCGGUUCCGACGAUGAGCGCCAGCUCCAUAUGAGCGACAUUCUGCCCCACACAAGCACGCGGUCCAAAGCUGAAGGGGUUGAAGCAUAUCUUCUGGCGUGGCGUCAGGUUCUCAGGAAGCCAUCUAUCAGGCUUGAACUCCUCCACAUCGGGUCCCCAGACGUCUGCGUCGUGGUGUAUGGAAAAGCUGGGGACCGACAUCACAGUGCCACGCGGAAAGAAAGUUCCCUGGUAACUGACCCCUGCCGACGUCACGAUUCGAGGAAGACCAAUCGCUGAGGUGGAAUGCAGCCUCAUGGCUUCGUCUAUGCAACGUCUCAGGAAAGGCAGAUUCUUCACCUGGUCGUGCGAUGCGAUUUCCGCGUCGGCAGGAAUGGUAGAGUCAAGUUCUGCUUGGAGGCGUGGCACGAUGCUGCCCGGUGCUGCCCGCUCUCCGUGGAGGAUCCAGUAGAACGUAGCCGCAGCCGUAUUUGAGACAGUGUCGCUGCCAGCGAUCAGCUGCGUCAAGGCUUCCGAAACCAGUUCAUCUUGCGACAUGGGAUUCCCGCUGCUGUCCUUAGCAUUGACCAGCAUAUCAAGGAUAUCGUGGCGUUCGCUUUGGUGCUGUCCCUUCUCGCUCGCUUGCAGUCUCUUAUUCACGGCAACAGUGGCGAUACCAUGUAGAUUGCGGACAGACUCGAGGCCUUUUCGAAGGAAUGGGUCCGGCAAAUACUUGGCCCAUGGUCGCAGUGGGAGUAGAAGACCUAGAGUUGAGCUCACUUCACCUCUUCGGUUCAGCGUCUCGGCGCCAGGUGCUAGAACGAUUGGACCGUUUGGUUCGAGUUGUGCCUCGCACUCGUCUUUGCCCUUUGAGACCAUCCCAAAUGGCGCGCCGAACGCGAGGUCGCCGAUGAUGUCGAACGCAAUAUACGUGCACCAAGGCAUCAUGUUGAUCCUGGCGAAUCCGGUUCUCUCGGUCGGCUGCGACGAGAUGCGAUCCAAUUGCUCAACCCAUCGCCGAAGAUUGCCAGCCAUGUGCGUCUCAAAGGCAUGCACAGAUGACGGCGAAAAAGCGUGUGCGAUGAUCUUGCGCUUCCGCGUAUGCUCUGCCCGAUCACGAACAUUGAACACACCUGGCACGCCAGAAACGAAGGCCUCGUAGAAGUGGCUGCUAGCAAGUCAGUCUCCGAUACGUAAGAGGAUUUGUCGCUCAACGUACUCCUUCAAAAACCCAUUUCCGUGAGCAUAGACGGUCUGCAAGCCUUCAGGUUCCGCGAUCGACAUGUGGUUGUAGCCAACCCGAACAACUUUGCCAUACUUCUUGUGGGCAUAGUCAACCCAGGCGAACUUCUUGCCGUUCCUUGCGCCCAGUGCCAGCCAUAAAUUCGUGAAUUUGGCUAGAAAUGGGCCUGGGAUAUCCUGGAGGUGCUUGUAGGUCGUGAAGUACGGCAGCACGUAGUAAAGCACGAGCCAGACAGGCGCCAGCACCGCAGCGAUAACAAGAUACUUUUGGAAUGCCAUUGUCAUGCUUGACGAAGGGUGCGGUGUCGUCUGUCAAGCUUCCAACCACGAGACAUAUACUGCUUACAUUCCGACGAACAUGAUACCGUGCUGAGCUGCAUUCGCCUCCGAGAUACGGGUGGAACUUGGUCCACUCUUGCCGUGCAAUUAAUUGUAUAUGCGACGAAGCACAACACCAGCCACUGGCCGUCCGGGUUCGCGCACGGCGUGCAGCUGCACCACUCCCCGCCCCCACUCUUGGUCGCUGCAGGGGUUAUGCCUAUCCGGAACGUGGAUGCAUAGCGAUGAUCAUGAACACGACAUGGACGCAGCGCGUGCUGAUGAUGAGUAACACGAGCGAGAUGUGCUUUUGGUCGAAUCCGCCCUGGACCAUUCAACUGAAUUGGACAGCUCGAACCAGCCAAAGUCCUGCCAACCGAAACACUCAGCGCCAACACCCACACCAUGGCAAGUCUAGAGAUGUUCCCAGAUAUUGAAGUCCUGUCACAGCGUCAUUUGCCAGAGAACAAUCGAACCAAUAUCGUUGUUGUUGGAGCGGGACUUGGUGGUCUUGGCGCAGCCAUUGCCUUGCUACUUGCUGGACACAAUGUACAUGUUCUGGAAUCGGCUUCACAGAUUGGAGAAGUAGGAGCAGGCAUUCAAGCUCUACCAAACUCGAGUCGAGUGCUCAUACAAUGGGGCCUUGGGCCCACCUUGGCGAAGCUGGCCACCGUCCCGGUGCAGGUGGAAAUGUUAGGCUGGAAAGGCAACGCGAUCACACAGUACGACUUCGGCGCAGCAACUAAGGAGUAUGGCGCGCCAUUCUGGGACUUCCAUCGAGCCGAUCUUCACGGAGCGAUGCUGGACAGAGCUCGAGAAUUAGGCUGUACCUUCCAGACGAAGGCGCGAGUCGUCGACGUUGACACCUCACAAAUGACUAGUGCGACUGUUCUGCUCUCAUCAGGCGAGAAAAUUGUUGCAGACCUUGUGAUAGGGGCUGACGGCAUUCACUCAAAAUGUCGUGAGAUCAUGCUCGGUGGACCUAGCCCUCCAGUGGCGACCGGUGAUCUAGCUUAUCGUGUUCUUCUCGGUACUGAAGGCAUGCAGAACGAUCCAGAUCUGGCACCCUUCUUGAAGACUCACCAUGUGCGAUAUUGGAUGGGACCGGGUGCGCACGCAGUCAGCUACGUCCUACGAAAUGGCCAACAGAUCAAUGUUGUACUUUUGGUGCCCGAUGAUAUGCCCGCAGGAGCUAGCACGGUCGAUGGCAAUGUCGAAGAGAUGCAAGCACUUUUCCAGCAAUGGGACCCACGAAUCCCGAAGCUGCUGCAGUAUUGUCAAUCCGUCCAGAAAUGGAGGCUAUGCUUUCGUCCAGGUCUAGAACGACCGUGGUCGAAUGAGGCUGGCACUUUUGCACUUCUAGGGGACUCUGUGCACGCAACUUUACCCUACCUCGCAAGUGGUGCAGGAAUGGCAUUGGAAGAUGGUGCUGUACUCGGACAUUGCUUCUCACGCGUCAGCGACAAGCGCACACAUGCCAAAAAGCAGGCGCUGGCCGUGUAUGAGCAAUGCCGGAGAACUCGGACCGAAAGAAUUGUAGAGCGUGGCAACGUCCAACAAUACCUAUAUCAUGUUGACGAUGGCGCUGAGCAAGAAGCCAGAGAUGCUCGCUUCCGAGCGUUUGCACAAAUUGAGAAGCUCGUCGAGGAAGAUGGUAUGUCGACAGCAGAGAUUCAGCUACCAGACGGUUUGGAGAUUGGCUCUGAUCCCCUCGCAUGGAGGCGCUUCGGUGUUGGCAGUUGGCUGAUCAACUACGACUGCUUGGCGGACGUACAAAGAAAUUGGCUACAUUUGCAAAGCACAGAACCACAAUUUAGAUCGUCUCUGUGAAGCUAUCAGUAUCAAU